CAAACAUCACUUGAAGUGUACUUCCGUGCUUGCGGGAUAUCUAUAAAAUCUUUGAAAAUAACUUUAAUAACAACUUGUUGGCCUACAGUUGAAAACGUUUUCAUUACGUCCUCUACGUCCUUCUUCCAAACGCGCGUCUAUUGGUAUGUGCAUUCGUCUGAAUGAAUCAAUCCGCCCGGGGCCUGUAUUGAAAUGUAAAUAGUCCACACAAUGUCAAUCAAACUUUAAUUUUUCAGUGUAUAUAUAUGCAACCCAAUACGAACAGGAUCGUUCAUUAUUCAACUAUUAAUAAUAUUCAGUGACCUGGUAAAUACUGGAUUUUGUUUCGACAAAGAAAACUGUAUUGAAGAGUGGCAGUUGCGUCUGCGCCAAUGGAUUUUCUGACAGAUGAGGAGUUACUGCGGUUUUUCCGCUGUAGUAGGACAGAGAUGUCGUGCAUGGAGCAACCACACACAUUUCUUAACCAGCUCCGAGACCACAACCUCAUUCCGGAAGAAAUGUACAAGAAGCUGAUUCGGAUGAGGAGUAAGGAGCUGAGGGAGAAGGGUGUGUACCAGGUGUUGGACUGGGUGGAGGCAGAGAGGCCCAACAGCAUCAAGGUGUUCUGGAACUGUGUGUUCAGGGACCACCUCCUGCAGCAGUACCCCACGUUACGCCUGCUCCGAAACCGCCUGCUGGACGGGUCGUUCACAUUCUAUGAGAAACUGCCAAAGAAGGUGGAGAAGGAAGAGGAGGAGGAGGAUAAAAAGAAGGCUUCAGCUGAAGGAGAAGAGGAGGAUGAGGAAGAGGAGAAAGAGGAGGAUAAGAAGAAGGCUUCAGAGGAAGUAGAAGAGGAGGAGAAGACAAGAAGGAAAAAUAGUAAAGAGAAAGAGAGAAGUGAGAGUGCUGAGGAGGAGCAGCCCAGCACAUCCACCCAGUCCAACCCCAGUCAGAAGAGGAAAGUUCAGAGUCCGACCAACUGUUUUCCUUCCAGGAAGGGGGAGAAAGAUGACAUCUGGACCUGGCCCAUCUACAAGACCCAGCUCCCAGUCACCUGUGGGGACAAAGAAGGCAUUCUCAUCAGGAACAAGCUGGCCAAAGGGGAGAGGUGCAUUGUGGUCCAGGGUCGCUGGUUCACCCCAAGUGGCUUUGAGGAGUUUGGGGUGAAGAAGAGCAGAAAGAACUGGAAGUACAGUAUCCGCUGUAGAGACACCAAUCUGGGAAAACUGAUCCAGGAAGGCCAUUUAACUUCACCAGACUUUAAAAGAAGAAAGAGUGCACAGGCCAAGAGAGCACGCUUUCCCUUCAACCAAUCAGCGGGCUCAAACACAGAAUCUGAGGAGGAUGAUGAGGAGGAAAAAGAAGCUGAGCAGGAAAGAGAGGAAGGAGAGAGAAGAGAUCAGGCAAACACUGCUGGAGAGAGCAGUACAGGAGGCAGCCAUUGUGGUGUGAAGAAGUCUGUUUUCAAAGUCACCUGUGGAGCCAUCAAUGGAAUGCUUCAUAAGGAUCGGUUUGCAUCAGGGUCGUGUGGAAAGAGCAUCCGUACAGAGCUGCGCUGGAUGACCCCGGUGGAGUUUGUGAAGGGGGAGUCAGCUCUGGAAGAUCCCUCCUGGAAGAACGACAUCCAGUGGGACGGGAAACCACUCAGCCUCCUCAUCGAGAGUAAGAUCUUGGUCAUUCACUCUCUCCUGUGUAAGUGCAAGCUGUGCAGCCCUACAGCCAAAGACAGGCAUGAUCAGGAUAACGAUGACGACUGCUUCAUCUGUAGAAGCCAGGGUAGCUUGAUAUGCUGUGAUGAGUGUCCUCGCUCCUUCCAUCAGAGAUGUCAUCUUCCUAAUGUGGAUGACACUAUGCUGGGGGAUAAUCUUCCGUGGGUGUGCACAUUUUGUGUACUGAGGGCCAGUCAGCCGUGGCGUUACCCCAGUCAAAAGACUUACCAGGAAGCCUUGACCUGCCGAAUCUCUGACCACCUACUGGAAUGCCAGUACCUCCUGCUGUGUCUAUACCAAGCUGACAAGGACCACAUCAUUGUGGCAGAUCCUUGUAUCAAUGUGAAAAACUACACCAGUGUGAUAAAGACCCCUAUAUGGCUGGACAGGGUUGUGGAGAAGCUGCAGCAGAAUCUCUACCAGUCAGUGCAACACUUUGUGUCUGAUGUGUUGCUUAUCUUCACCAACUGUGCCACAUUUAACAGGGAUAAUGCAGAGUUCUGUGUGAUGGGCGAAAGAUUGAAGGAUCUAUUUGAGAGAGAGUUCAAGAGUACAUUCAGCAUCCAACUUCAGCAUCCAACUGCAUCCAACAGCCAGUAGAGCCUUCAUCAAGUCUGUACUGUUAUCUCACUAUGAGACAACAGGGAAUAUUCACCAUGCAAUGGUCUUUCUAUACAGCCUUCAUACAGACAUGUACACCAAGUUGUACAGAUCUUAUUUUCCAUGCAUGUACAUUGUUAUCCAUCUAGUCCUUUCAUGAAUUUCUUUCAUUUGUUUUAAUUCCAAUCAAAAUCCAAUUUUAUUAGUCACAUACACAUAGUUAGCAAAUGUUAUUGCGAGUGUAGCGAAAUGCUUGUGCUUCUAGUUCCGACAAUGCAGUAAUAACCAACGAGUAAUCUA